CCAUGGAAAACACUGGUACCGAUGACGGCGUACAAACUGCAUAUAUAGUCGGGGGAAGCCUUGGUGUUGUUGUCGUUGCUGUUAUCAUCGUUGUCGGAUUAAUCAUAUACAUGCGAACCCAAAGUGCCUCUCGAAACCAGCUGGAAUCUUCAAAUAAGAACAAUUCUAACACCGUGACAAUCAAUAAUAUAUCUGAGUCAAACUUGACAAACAUUUACCAGAAUAUUAAUGUAGAAAAUAGCAAGGCUGUGAAACGUAUUAGAAAAUCACCAGCUACAAGGGAACUAAGUAGAGAAUCAAGAGAUGACGAUGUUGACAUUGAUGAAAAAAUUCACAACGAAAACCCUUACGGAGAUGUGUAUGCUAACCAAAAACAAAUACCUGAUAUCUUGAUAAAAGAUUUGGAGAAGGAAAUACAUGAAAAAUCGAAGAAAGAAAACGAUGGUUUUAAAAAGGAAUACGCGACACUUUUAUACGGGGAAAGACACCCAUGCUAUGUUGGAAAACUUCCUGAAAACAUUACUAAAAACAGAUUCAAGACAACUUUUCCUUACGACCAUUCUAGAGUGAUUCUGGUGAACACACAUUCGGACUACAUCAACGCAAGCUUUAUCGAUGGUUUAAAAAAAGAAAAGGCAUACAUUGCAACACAAGGACCUAAACCGACCACAAUCUCCGACUUUUGGUCCAUGGUAUUACAGGAGAACAUUGGUCAAAUUGUAAUGUUAACAAAUUUGAAAGAAGGAACAAAGUUAAAAAGUGCACAAUAUUGGCCAGAUUUACAUGAAACCAUUACUUGUGAGAGAACCACCUUACAUACCACUGAAGAACAACAGUAUGCUCAGUAUGUUGUUCGAAAAAUAAAAAUAUCACACGCAACGCUCAAUGACAGUAGAACAAUAAAUCAAUACCACUAUACUGCCUGGCCGGAUCACGGUACACCAGAGCCACUUUGCCUUUUACUUUUCCAUGAUCACGUGAUUAGAACAAAACCAGGAAGACAAAAUGGCCCAACAUUGGUUCAUUGCAGUGCUGGAAUAGGCAGAACCGGAACGUAUAUAGCAAUAGAUGUUCUGUUUGAGGCAGGCAAAACGGAGAAAAAAAUAAACAUUGCGGAAUACGUCAAGAAAAUGAGACAAAAUCGCAUGAAUAUGGUCCAGACUUUUGAACAAUACAAGACAAUAUUUUUGACUCUCAAUGAAAUGUUUAACGCACCAGCAGCUGUUCUUACUAAAACGGAAUAUCUACAAAAGUUACAAAAACAAAACAAAAAUAUGCUUGGAAAGGAAUUUCAGAGACUUCUGUCUGUCCGGCCUCACUACGCAGAAACCGACUACAAGAUGUCCUCACAUGUUCAUGGUGUUCGAUCGGCAAUUCGUCCUCUUGACAAAUACAUCAUUUACCUGACAUCGAAUGUUCCAAAACGUGGAAGCUACAUUAAUGCCAUCGUUGUACCAUCUUUCAUUAAUCAGAAUGCAUUUAUAAUCACCCAUUUCCCGGCACCAGGGGACACUGUGGACUUCCUUCGACUGAUCACUGACCAUGACUGUGAACUAGUUGUUAGCACAGAACCUCUGCAUGAAGUUGAAUCGACAAAUCAAUGGUUGCCAACCUCGACUACAUCAAAAGCUGUUUCUCCAUUUACAAUUCACUUACAGCAAGAUCACAAAUCGGAGAUAAAGAGUUGUACAAUUGAUAUUGCUCAAAAUGAAAAAAGCAACGAGACCUGGUCGGUCAACGUAAUACAGCCUUCCUCUGUAUUGACAUUGGAUAAUUCACAGACAAUUUCUCAGAUUCUAGGUUUGGUGUCGUUUACACAAAAUAUUAAAACCAACAAUCCCAUUGUCGUCGUCAGCCGUGAUGGGGCUGCUUUUUGUGGCGUGUUCUGUGCUGUAUACAACCUGAUUCAACAGCUAACAAUGGACGAGGCGAUAGACGUGUUUUCUGUGGUCAGACUCCUACAAACAAGACGUCCUGAACUGUGCUCAUCCUUGGAAGAGUAUGGUAUGAUCCACGACACCUUGAAGAGUUUCAUACAGUCGCAAACUGGAGAAAAUGUGUACUAUAACCAGUAGUUUAACCAUGUAAAAUUAGAUUUCAAUAAUUUAAAGUGAUGUUGAUCAUGUUACGCAAAUAACAAAGGUGCUUAAUACAAACAACAAAGCAGCUUAAUACAAACAUAAAAAACAAUGUAAAAUAUUGAGAUAAAAGUUUACAAGUACUUAACGUUCACCAUCAAAAUAAUGUUACUGUAAAAUUAUGUUAUUAUAUGCAUGAGUUUGUUUCAUUUUUUUUUUAAUUUCUUUAGUCUUGUAUUGCUAAUAUGAACUUAUGUCAGUUAAUUUUAACAUUAGAUCAGAAUUAAAUUGUAUGUAUUUUAGUACUAAGCAAUGCCUUAUAAACAGUUUUAUAAAUAACAGCAUUUAAUAAAACAAGUGUUAUGCAUAAAUGGUUAUAUUUGUUAGAUUGCUUUAAGACAGAAAACAAAUUCCAUUCUAUAUGUGCCGGUAAAAAUCUAUAUAAGAGGUUGCAGACGUUUAAUUUAGCAUGUUAAUAUCGUAAUUAAGAUGUGAAUAUACACAUAUUAAAACAAACAACCUAACAAUAAAAAAAUAAUAUAAAGUUAACGAAAGAUGAAUUGCCUACAUUAACUAUUCAAACAUGAAUAAAAAUGUUUUAAAGAAUAUUCUAGCGAGUUAUAAAUAAGCAUAAGCAUAUCUAGCAAGUUUUAGUUUUUGAACCCGGUAAAUACAAGGAGGUAAGGUAGAUGAAAAUUGUUUUGAAUACCUUUACAUUCAUUCUUUAAGUAUUUAAGUGCAUAUUUAACUAUCGGUAUAUAUCUAUAAGGCCAUUUUGGAUAUAUUUGGAAAUAAUUACUGACAAAAUUUUU